UCGUUGUUUCUAUUGGCCGAACGCGAGCGCGGCGCCGGCGUAUGAGCUGACGGCGAACGGGGGCGCCGGCGGUAUGCUCGGCGGCGGCGCGUGCGCGGAGGCAGGCCGCGCGCUCCAGGCCGCGCAGCCGCCUCUCUAUCCGACCAUCAACGACCCUCGCAAGAGGAAGAGUUCGCAAUACAGCGGCGCCAACAGCACGAUGGAUGACGACGGCACGGAGGACGGCCGCUCUUCACUCAGUAUGCCUGCUAAAAAGCAGAACCAUAGCGAGAUAGAGAAGCGGAGACGCGACAAAAUGAACACGUACAUAACGGAGUUGAGCGCCAUGAUACCCAUGUGCGGGGCGAUGGCGCGCAAGCUGGACAAGUUGACGGUGUUGCGUAUGGCGGUGCAGCAUCUGCGGUCUGUACGCGGCGCGCUGUCCACGUGUCCGCUGACUGCGAGGCCGCGUCCUGCUCACCUCAGCGAGCGCGAGUUGAACGCGCUGAUAGUCCAGGCGGCGCAAGAUUGCUUCCUAUUCGUCGUAGGCUGUGAUCGCGGGCGGCUGCUUUACGUGUCUACAUCCGUCAAAAAGGUCCUGCAAUAUGACCAGUCGGAGCUUUUAGGUCAGAGUCUCUUCGAUAUCUUGCACCCGAAAGACGUGGCCAAAGUGAAGGAGCAGCUGUCCUCAUCAGACCUCAGUCCCAGGGAGAGGCUCAUAGAUGCAAAGACCAUGUUGCCUGUAAAAACGGACGUGGUAGCGGGUGCAUCUCGCCUCUGCCCCGGUUCGCGGCGCUCGUUCUUCUGCCGCAUCAAGUCUCGCACUCCCGACGCUAAUGCCGACGCGUCGCCCACCGCCGUCGCUAUAGCAGCCGCAAACGCCGCCGCGUUGCCUACUGACGACCCCGACGCCAAGAUGCGCAAGAAGCACAAUUCGGAGAAGAAGUACUGCGUUGUUCAUUGCACUGGUUACCUCAAAGCGCGCGCACCCGCGGAAAUGUGCGACGGUAGCGGCGAGGGUGAGAGCGAUGAAAACGACGCGGGCAACUUAUCGUGCCUAGUAGCGGUGGGGCGGGCCCUGCCCGACUUAGCGGCCUCGCCUGUGACUUCUAACAACCCGCCCGCCCCCGUCAACGCCCCGCCUACUAGACUGUUGCAAUUCGUGUCCCGGCACGCGACUGAUGGGAAGUUCCUGUUCGUCGACCAAAGGGUGACGCUAGCCCUCGGGUUUCUACCGCAAGAGUUGCUCGGCACCAGUCUGUACGAAUACGUGGGAGGGGAAGAACUAAGUGCGGUUGCGCACGCGCACAAAGCGGCGUUGUUGCGUCGCGCCGCCUUACAUACGCCCGUGUACUCGUUCCGGAGGAAAGAUGGCUCGUUCACGCGACUGCAGACGCAUUUCAAACCAUUAAGAAACCCUUGGACCAAAGAUGUGGAGUACUUAGUGGCCAACAACACUAUAGUGGCGGGUUCGAUGCGCGCGGCCGUCUCGGACGACACACAGGAUACCUUCGACGUGUACAAAAACAAAGCAGACGGUGAGAUGCAGCGCCUGAUCGACUCUCAAGUGGAGUCGCACAAGAUCGGCAGCACAAUCGCCGAGGAGGCACUUACUGGCUCCUCGUCAGAGUUCUCCCCGGAUCUGCCCGCUGAUCUACUGCAUGAUGCUGUCUCCAUACAACCGUCUUUAUCACUAAACGUGGUGUACGAGCAAGCUUCUUUAGUGGACAGCAUCUUCGGCACGGACCAAUCGUACCAGGUGAGGAACGAUGUUCCUCUGAGCUCUGCAGGGGCUCAAUCUCCUCCUACAGGAAUGGGACCUCCGGGAGAUAUCGCCGCCACCACUCCCCCGCCCGCUUCCCCCCCUUUACCCCCCUUAGGUCUCGACGGCAACCGAGAAGCUGCCAUCGCUGUAAUAAUGAGUCUACUCGAAGCCGACGCGGGACUAGGAGGUUCGGUCAACUUCUCAGGGCUUCCCUGACAACAAGCCGACGGAGGUGAAUUGCGCAAGCCCCUCCGAUCAGCUAAUGAAUUGAGCAUUGCCGAUCUUAUUAAUUAAGAUAGUGAUUUCUCUGACAUUUAUACAAAACUAGCGUGAUAUUCUGAUAUCAAUAAACAGGUACUUUAUUGGUACCAGUUAAAUGUAUUUUAUAAGUGUUUAUAGGUAUUUUGUAGAUGUAAUACUGGAAACG